GAGGGUAUUUUGGUAAAAUGGACUGAAUUUUCAGUCGUAACAGACAGCUGCUAAGGGAAAGCGAAAAUAAAACAAAACCAUCUCCCUUGUUUCUGUUGUCUAAGCUUUGGUUGAAAGCGAAACGGCAAAACAUCACUGUGUUAUGCAUUUCACUGACCUUAGAUAAUGUCCGAUUCUGAGCAUAAACUGAUGGCCUUGAAGAAGGCGUAUGCGGAUAUAAUUUUAAACACGGCGAAAGAGGCGGGGGCGAGGAUAAUGGUGUCGGAGAGGAAAGCGAUGAGGUAUCAGAGGGAGCUGUUUUCGGCCAAAGAAGACUCGUUGCGUAUGCUGCUUAGGCUUAAGCAAAUGUUGGAUACUAAGGUUAAUGAAGCACAGGUAGCAGCCUUGUGUCAACAAAGAAAGAUAGACGAACUUGAAGCACAACUUGGUGAAGCAGAAGAUAUAGUAAAAGAGCUUAGAACAGAGUUGAGAGAAGCACAAGAUGAAUUGGAGAGGGCAACAAAUAAUCAAAUGCGGCUUUUGGAUGAACAAAAUUCCUAUGGUGAUGUUGCUACUAUGAUGACAGCAUCACUAGACAACAGACUCAAUACUUCUGAGACUGUGGUGUCUUCUCUACCUGAUGCAAUAUCUGAAUUGGUUGUGACUUCUGAUGUGAGGAAUUCACCUUUGAAGAUGACAUUUGAGGGGAACCAAUGUUAUGGUGAAAACGGUUCUCAUAAAGAUAAUUGUUUUUUUUGCAACUCUGACUUUGCCUCUAUAGUUAUGAGAAGAAAAGAGCCUAAGCUUUACAGGAAUGGGUGCACUCAGAGAAUUCAUGCAUUUGAAAGGAACCUCUUAGAUGGAAAUUUGUCUCUUCCUGGGCAAGUAGAUGAUGUAAAAAAUGGAACCUCUAUUGUAGAAGAUGAAGAUGUGUGCAAAAACCUUGACACUGGGCCUGAUAAAAUGUAUGGAGUAGAGAAUGAUCCAGAUGAAUUCAAAAUGAUGGAGGGAAAUAGCAACUGCAUUUCAGUUCAUGCUUUGAAGUCCUUUUGCUGGAAGAGAAAGAGAGCUGCUAGAUAUAAGAAAAGAAAAGGUUUCUUUUGGAAUUUUCCAGAUGAGAUCGUAGAAACAACACAAGAAAAUGAUCUUUCCUGCCCCAGGAGUUUCCCUGCUGCAGUUGGUAAAGGUGUCCAACUUGAGGAUUCUAAGAUAUUUGAAUCUAAAGCUGAGAAGGAUUUGGAAUCUCUGUCGACCCUGCAAUUACUGUCAGAUAAUACUAAGACGAUUCUUCAGUCAGGAUGUGCAGAAGUUAUUGAAAGUGAUUUAGAGUUUCGCAAUGCUUGUACUGUUCAAACCCUAGCAAACAGUGAUGACUUGUUGAUAGAUACAUUAGAGUUGGCAAGACAGGAAUGUGGAUCUGUAGAGAGUUCUGAGGUUCCCGCUUGCAGUACAGAUGUUCAAGCUGUUAAUAUGUCUUCAGUAAAUACAGAUCUUAAAGUGUCUAAUUUAACUGAAAGGAUUCCUACUCAACCUUUAAAUGCUAAAUUUCUCAAGUACACAUUCCAAAGGAAGCGGAAGAAGGAGUCUUUGAGUGGUUAUGAUGGGAAUUCUUCUGCUGAAGAAAGCAUUGUGAAGACAAAGAUGGGGGAGAAGCAAAAUGGUUCUUUGGAGUCACAGAAGCCAACUGAAUCAUCUCGAGAUAGUCGACGACUAGCGCAAGUUGCUCGUCAGCUUAUAUCUCUGUCCGAGAAGAAGUGCUGUAUUCGCCUGAAUGGAGCACAAAAUUGACCCCUGACCCUCUUCAAUGUAGCUCAGAAGAUGGUUUUUUGUGAAACAAUCCUGAUGAGCAGGCUGCAGAUUAUCAACAAGGGAGAGCUAUGUUCCCAACUUUAUAAUAUAUAGACAUUAUAUUAUCAUCAAGAAAUCAUAAUUGUUGUACUUCUCUAAUGGUGCAUUAUAUUAUAUUUAAGUAGUCAAAUGAAACUAUUUGAGGCAUUUCCAUGAA